AUGCACGAUGAAGUGAUGGAAAACAUUGAAGAGUUCAGGAUUGUCUCAGAAGAUGCAUGGUCUGAGAUUAUCAACUUUGGAAGUACUGAUGUUCCCAGUCCUUUUGCAAGAUACAUUGGCCGAAGUAGAAGAGAUGCCAGCACAUGUACAUGUGGAUUACCCCGCCGCGAUUGUCCCGCAGGUAUGAAGGGACCACCUGGCGCACCAGGGGAACCUGGCGCCAUCGGACCAGACGGAAAAGAUGGCCCACCCGGACUGCAGGGAAGAUAUGUCCAACAACCUAUGGAGUUUCCCAAAGGAUGCAUCCGCUGUCCUGCUGGAGCUCCUGGUGAGCCUGGGGAAGACGGUCAACCAGGUCCUCCCGGAAAAGAGGGAGCAAUUGGAAAACGUGGGGAACCUGGACUGGAAGGAGAUGGUGGCCCACGUGGAGAAACUGGUGAUCAAGGUGAACCUGGCAUGGAUGGACAGCCUGGCCAACCGGGUUCACCUGGUGCUGAUUGUUUCACUGGCGUUGGUAUGACAGGCACUCCGGGCCAAAUCGGCAUGCGUGGACCCCGCGGUCCACCCGGUAAAAACGGUGAACAUGGGCCUUGCGGCCCACCCGGAGAACCAGGACCGGAGGGACUACCUGGCAUGGAUGGAAUACCCGGAGCGAAUGGAACCGAUGGACCACAAGGAGAAGCUGGACAGCCUGGUGACGACCGCGGUUAUUGUCAGUGCCCGGAUCGUGAAGAAAUAGAUACCGUGCUCAAGUCUGCUCUUUGGUAGUUAUGUAUGUGUUGG